UUCAUAUCCAACGAAACAUACAAGUUACAUAACAACCCUACUCAUAAAGUCACAAAAUAUGUCUUCCUUGGUUAUUAUCUUAUGUUCCUUCCUUCUUCUCACCACCCAAGUCGCCGCGGUGACUUACUCAGUCACCAACUCCGCCGCCAACACUCCAGGCGGUACCCGAUUUAACAAUGAAGUCGGGACUGCCUACGCCCGCCAAACGCUCUCGUCUGCCACGGACUUCAUUUGGAGAACCUUCCAGCAAACCAACCCGGCUGACCGUAAGAGUAACGUCCAACAGGUGAGUCUUAUAGUGGAAAGUAUGCAAGGAGUAGCUUACACAAUCAACGACCAAAUCCACCUGAGUGCAAACUACGUGCAAAGUUACUCAGGCAACGUCAAAACCGAAGUAACAGGUGUUUUGUACCACGAAGUGACCCAUGUGUGGCAAUGGACCGGCAAUGGGCAGGCACCGGGAGGGUUAAUUGAGGGGGUCGCGGAUUAUGUUAGGCUUAAGGCCGGUUAUGCACCGUCUCAUUGGGUUAAACCCGGUCAAGGUGAUAGAUGGGAUCAGGGUUAUGAUGUUACAGCCAGGUUCUUAGACUAUUGUAACAGUUUAAGAAAUGGGUUUGUAGCUGAGCUUAAUAAGAAAAUGAGGGGUGGAUAUAGUGAUGCUUAUUUCACUGAUUUGUUGGGCAAAUCUGUUAAUCAAUUGUGGAAUGAUUACAAGGCCAGGUUCAACAACUAAGUUAUGAUGUGAAACAUUACAUAUAUAAGCUAUCUAUGUAUGUAUGUAUGGAAAAAGCAUAAUAUUAAGCAAAAAUUGUACCCCGUAAUAAAGUGUCGUUAUCAAAUAA